AUGUUUACUGGACAACUUAACAGUUCUACUGAAUUCGAUAUAAAAGUGAUAAACGCGUAUAAAAGAUAUGGACAAAAUCCUAUUAUCAGCGGUUUGAACACGAAUGCGGUGUCGGGUUCUAUGUGAGUAAUUUUAUAUUUUAUUAUUUUGUGUUGCAAAAGAGUGAUAUUAAAUAUUUGUUGAUUUUUUACUGUUUAAUAGUUUCGGUGUUUUACUAAGUUUUUUUUUCCUAAGAUUUCCUUAACGCUUUCAGUUUGUAAAAAUACCUACAAAUUUUAUUUUCAGUGGAAAGUACUUAAAACAUUUUAGAUUUUCAACGGCUAAACGAUUUCAUGGUUUUACAUUUUUGUAAUUUAUGUUUUCUACUAGAACUCAUGUUUCAAUCAAAAAAAUAACAAAAGACCUUUUAUGUCCAUGGAAUUUUGGUUGAGAUACUGGUCUCAAAAAAUAGUCUUUAUUACGCUUCUGGUUUAUAAUUACAUUUUGUUACAAUAUAUAAUAUAAACCAGUAGCAUACGUAGGGUUUUUUUUUCUGGAGCGUUGUGUUUGCAAUAAUUCAAUAACUCACACAUCAAUGAUAUCACAUAAUAUUAUUUUUAUUAUUUUCAGUACAGUACUGUAAUUAUUAUUAAUGAAUAAAUUAAGAAAUAAUUUGAUGCAAUUAAAUAUAUACUGUUAAAUGUAAAACUUGAUUUAAACAAAUUUAAUGAAAGAAAAAAUUUCGGGGUGAGUGGAGGUUCUGACCCACUACUCCUCUAUGUGUGCGCCACUGAUGUAAACAGGAAAUAGCCGUAAUUUAUUGCAAAGGCUAAAGAGUCAGUUUAUUAUGUGAAUCACCACAAUACGAUGCAUACGUAUAUUAUAGCACUAAGGAAUCUCAAUGACCGUUAGUUUAAUAAUUAUUCGUACUAAUCGUUGUUUAAUAUUACUUUGGAUAGUGGAGGCCAGCGCAGAAGAGUAUCUCUUGCAGUUAGUUUAUUGCACGAUCCGAAAAUUAUUAUAGCUGAUGAACCGAUGGUUGGAAUAGAUUCCGUUCUGAGACAAAAGUAAAUAAUUGUUUAACUAAAAGCACUUUUAAUUGCAAUUUUAAUGAACUCAAACACGAUUUAUUAUAAUUUGGUCCGAGUUUAGAAAAUUAACAGAACAACUCAACAAAACAGUAUUAAUAACUACUCAUUAUAUUGAAGAAUCAAAUCAAGCCAAUUCUGUAAGUAAAUAUUAUUAAAUUUAUAACUGAUUGGACAUUGGGUAACAUAACAACAGCAACAACAUAAUAAAUAUAACUUAAGAAUAAUAGAACUAUAAUAGAGUUAAAGCGACGCAACCGCCUAGUAAGAAGCUAUUGCCUGUGUCCGUAUGAAAGGUAAGAUGAAUCAGGAUAGAAAAUAAAGAAAGGUGGCCCGUGAGGUGAAAAGGAACGCGGAAUGAAACGUAGACUAAUUUAUAUGUAUCUUUAGUUACACACCCGAACAUUUUCAACUAAAUAAAGAAUAAAAAAAAUUGAAUAUUUACAAUACGGUUUCUAUCAUUACAUAAUUUAUUUCAAGGUCAUAGGUUCAUUAUUCUAAACAAUUAUUAAUAAAGUGGUUUUUUUUUUAAAUACGCAUCUGUAUUUUAAGAAUAUUUUUUAUGGAGCACAGGAGUUCUCAAAAAGCUGCAUAUAGUCGCUUCCAUGACAAAACCGCAUAUUUCGAAAUGAUGUUUUCUUUAAAAUGAUAAGACACCCAUUACAGUUUUUUUUCCUCUUGUAAAUUAUCGAAAAAUCAAGUUAUGCGGUUGUGCCAUAGAAGCGAUACAUGAAAUUGAAAUACAUUUGUUUUUAAAAAAAGCAGUUUUAACGAUGCAUACGAAAAGUAAACAAAAUUAUUUCUAAAAAAAGAAACCUAACAUUUGUAUAGUUAAUAUAAUAUGUAUUGAUAGGUACAUUUUGUGUCAUUUAUUACAUAAUUGAUGAAGAAUAGUUUUUGGCAAAAAUUAAUAUUUGUAUUCCUUAAACUAAAUAAUGUUAACUAUUAUAAUUAAUAAUAAAAUAUAGAUCGGUUUUAUGAGAAAUGGAUCUGUGAUUGAAGAAGGGUCGCCUCAAGAUAUUCUCACCAAAUAUGAAUCCGAAUCGUUGGACAUGGCAUUUGUACGUCUAUGUUAUAAACAAGAAGAACAAAAUGUAAUAUAAUUUUUGUUCAUAGUGUUUUUAUUUAAUUAAGCAAAGUUUAGUAUCUUAAAUAAUAGAACUCAAAGUAAAAAAAAAUAAACGGACAUACUUCGCACAUGUGUGGGCUACUGUUGUAGAUAGAAAAUUGAAUGUAUAUUUAAUUUAUAUGCAAAAAUUAAUCAUUGUUAUCGAAAAACGAUUCUGAGUGGAAUUCGGUUACACAUAUUUUGAAAGGCCAUAAUAUUUCGUCAAAAUUUGAUUUUAAAACUCUUAUAAAAGUCUCUUAUAAAUUUAAUUUUUUUUUUUAUCAGUUUGUACGUCUUAUAAUGAAUUUACUAUACAAUUUUCAAGAAUUUUUGUUUAGUCUAACAAUUUAAUCCACAGAGUAUCCACCAAAUAAAAAUUACGUAAAAAAAAGACUCAAUAAAUUAAAAUGUCUAAAAAUAGCUUAAAAAUGGCCCAAAUGUUUUGAAUAUUUUACCACGAAUAGAAAAUAGUAGGGUUGGUUAGGUUAGGUACAAAUUUAAAAUAUAGGAAUUCUAAAGCCAUAAAUGUAUCAGUUUUAAUUCUUCGUGUUUUUCCGGUUUUUAUUAAUUAUUAUGAAAAAAAAAUUGGAAAAUUAAAAAGUGAAUUACUUCAAUUAAUAACUCAAUAUAUAUUCAAAUAUCACUUGUCGUUUUUCUGUUGGCACAAUAUUUUUGAUAGAAAAUAUUGAAAAUAAUGAAAUCGUAUGCCGUACAAAUUUGUUUGUUUUUCGUCUUUUUCUGGUUUUCUAAAUUAUUACUAAAAAUACUUGAAAUAUCAAAAAAAAAACGACUUUCUUUGUGAGCAUCUAGAUUCAAAAUUCAACAAAAGAGGUUUCUUGGCUACGCUCCAAAUCUAAAAUAAUAAUUAUAAUUUCUUCAAAUAUAAGUGUGCGUAGAAUAUUUUCACUGAGUGUUCCGAAUAAAUUUAGUUGGAAUAACAAUGGUCGUGGUUGAAGAUCGGGUCAAGGGUUCAAUCUGAAUCAUGAGAGCUGAAUUUUGCAGGUAAUGUACAACAGCACCGUUCCCAAACUAUAAUAGGUAGUUAAUAAUAUUUGUAUCCUGAUUUAUUUCCAUUUUAUAGUUUUGAUUUUAAUUUUGAUUAUGAAAUUUCUCUUUAUUGUUGUGUGAAGAGCUGUUGUGUAGUUUAAUGAAAGGGUUUUAGUGUUUUACUUUAGACAUUUUGUUAUAAAUGGAAUAUUUAUUACAAUAUAAUAUGUCAUUCCAUAAUAAUUAUAAUAAAACAUUUGAAUUAGUUUAAUACCUAGGUCAUCAAUUACAUUGUAAACAGAAAUUUUAUUUAGACUGUCUAUGUUGGCGUUAAAGAUAUGAUUAAAUUUGUCAAACCAAAAAAGUCCAAUGAAAUAUUAAAUUAUAAUAGAAUAAAUGCUGUUGAAAUAUUUAUGCUCAUUUUCUCACGAUUAUGUGUAAGUACCUACUAUUUUAAAAACCCGAAAUAUUCAAAACAUUUAACUUAGGUAUAUUAUGAACCGUUAUAAUUCACUAUACAUACAUUUUUUGGUUUUCAUUUACAAUGUUAAUAUUUCCCAUUUUAAAAGCGGUAUUUCUUUGUACUUGCGUGGGGACAGAUUUCAAUGACUUGGGAAUAGCCUUUAAAAAUGACGAGAUCAAUUCUUUGGAUUGCUACAAGUCUAAUAUUGAUGGAUGCAUUACUGAUUAAGGAAGCAAUCCAACAAUAAGUUGCAUUAUUUUGAACUGUCUUACAUUACUUAAUUAUAUUUUGGUAAGUCAGCUCGGGAGAUCAUUUCGAUUUUUAAACGUACCUUAUAAAAAAAACCAUUAAACUGGAGGUUUAAUUGAUAUUUGUCGGCAUACCUAUUGCUAAAGGAGAAUCCCAGAACGUGUUGGUUGGACCGAGUUAAAGAAGGCUUUAAAAAAUGGGAAAUAUUUGAUUGGGAAGAAUAUAUUUGAGGUAGAGGCAGAUGUAAAAAAGUUGUGUUGAGAGUAAAAUGCUCUGAAAAAAAAAAUGGAAUGGAUUAAAUUGUAAAAAUAAUUUAUAUAAAUCAUUUAUUGUACUAAGUAACGGCAUUUGCAUUGUACAAUAAUAAUUAUAAAGCCAGGGCUCAGUACUUAAUGCAUUUAAAUUUUACAAAAAAGUGCUAAUAAAUAUUUAAAAAACAAAAACGGUAAAGGGGUUUUGAAUGUUUUCUGCUAUACAUAAUAAAAUACAUGCACACAUAUAAACACAUGUAUAAAAAAAAAGAACGGUCAUACUUCGCACGUGGAUGCAGCCCCUGUAGUAGGUGGGAAGUUGAAAAGGUAGGAUACAGAUGGGAAUUUAAAGUAUAUCUGUAAGCAAUGAUAAACCAUUGCUAACGAAAUAACUAUUCUAAGUGGAGUUCAAUUAAUAGUGUUGCGUUGUCAACAAUAUAUAUGUCAUAUAAUUUAAAUUAUUCUUUGAAUGUAUUAUAUUCCUUAUUGUAAACUGUGAAUACAUGGACCCCCCCACGAAACUUUUCAGUGGAGCCCAUUAUUAUAAACAAUAAUAAUAAUAUCAUGGUAAAAUAAUUACAAUGUGCGUUUCCAUGAGAACAAUGAUUGUUUAAAAAAGAUUAAAAUAAUAAAAACUUAAUAAUAACAAAAAGUAAAUAAAAACCGAUUGCCAAUGACAACCUAUUUUUAAUCUUUCAAUCUUUUUUAAUCUAAAGACCAAGGUUUUCCUGAUUAUCUUGAAUAUUAAUGAGAAUUUCAAAAAAAUGACCUCUUUAAAGUACCAAUCAGAGAAAAGAUUCUAUACUUGAUAUUGAGAGUAUGCUUUAUGGUUGAAAAAGUGUUCACAUCAAAAAUAAAUUAAAAAAUAAACAUCAUUGUACAACAAAUACAUUCCUUUCCACUCUUAAUCUAAAAAUGUUAUGACUCUACAAAAAUGAUGAACACUAAAUAUUUUUUUUAAAAUAAUAUUGCAAAUUAAAAGUUAAAGCAGUUAAAAGGAGGGGGAUUUUUAACUACUGUACUAUUUUUGUUUUUUAUGUGGUUUUUUUGUGGAAUAAUAGCUUAAUAAUAAUUAAUAGACUUAAUAGCUUAAGUCUCGAGCCCUGUUAAUAACUAUAAUUAAUAUAUAUUUUUAGGAUGAAGCGGAAGACUAUAAGAGCGUAAAUGGAUCUUUUAUGAAAAAUCCUAAAUACGUUGCUUUUAUUUAUUUCCCGACAAACUAUACCAGCAAAUUUGUCAAUUUUAUCGACCAACGUAAGGGUUAUGAUUCUCAUUCACAGGUGUAUAUUCAAAUUACUAAACAUAGUAAGUGA